AUGGGUAGUGAAGCAGGGUGCCACUGCGCUGUGUGCGCCGAAUCGGGCUGUCCCGGAGGGGCUGGGGCCGCCGAGCUGAACCUUGAUAAUGUUGAAGGCAUAGCAGUGGACUGGAUUGGAAAUAAUCUUUAUUGGACAAAUGAUGGCCACAGGAAAACGAUUGCUGUAGCCAGGCUGGAGAAGGCUGCUCAGAGCAGAAAAACCUUGCUGGAGGGAGACAUGUCCCACCCCAGAGGAAUUGUGGUUGAUCCUGUCAAUGGCUGGAUGUAUUGGACCGACUGGGAAGAAGAUGAAAUAGAUGACAGCGUGGGAAGAAUUGAGAAGGCAUGGAUGGAUGGCUACAGUCGGCAGAUUUUUGUAACAUCAAAGAUGCUGUGGCCAAAUGGUUUAACUCUGGACUAUCAUGCCAAUGUGUUAUACUGGUGUGAUGCCUAUUAUGAUCACAUUGAAAGGAUAUUUUUGAAUGGAACUGACAGAAAGGUAGUCUACAAUGGAAAAGAUUUGAAUCAUCCUUUUGGACUAUCACAUCAUGGAAAUUACAUUUACUGGACAGAUUAUAUGAAUGGGUCAAUUUUCCAGUUGGAUCUGGUUACAAGGAAUGUGACGCUGUUAAGAAGUGAGAGACCACCUUUGUUUGGACUCCAGAUUUAUGAUCCACGUAAACAGCAAGGUGAUAAUGCAUGUCGUGUUAAUAAUGGAGGCUGCAGCACUCUUUGUUUAGCUGUUCCUGGAGGCAGAGUUUGUGCCUGUGCUGAUAAUCAGGUUUUGGAGGAAAACAGUACAACCUGCAAGAUUAAACAUGGAGAAGUGCUACCACAGUUAUGCAAAACUGAACAGUUUCAGUGCAACAAUGAACGCUGUAUCCAGGAUCGCUGGCGCUGUGAUGGGGAUGAUGACUGUCUGGAUGGCAGUGAUGAGCGUUCUGAAAUUUGCUUCAAUCAUAGUUGUCCUGACGAUCAUUUUAAGUGCCAAAAUAAUCGCUGCAUUCCCAAGAGGUGGCUUUGUGAUGGAGCUAAUGAUUGCGGUAAUAAUGAAGAUGAAUCCAGUAAAACCUGUUCAGCAAGAACGUGUCAGGUUGAUCAAUUUUCGUGUGGGAAUGGACGCUGUAUUCCAAUGUCAUGGCUGUGUGACAGGGAGGAUGACUGUGGAGAUGAAACUGAUGAAAUGACAUCCUGUGCUCGCAGAUGCAGUGGGAAGGAGUUUCAAUGCAGUCCUGAUGGGAACUGUGUUCCUGAGUUGUGGCGCUGUGAUGGAGAGAAGGACUGUGAAGAUGGUAGUGAUGAAAAAGGCUGUAAUGGAACUAUACGACUGUGUGAUGAAAAAACGAAGUUCUCCUGCAAGAGUACAGGGAGAUGCAUUAGCAAAGCAUGGCUAUGCGAUGGCGAUAUUGAUUGUGAGGAUCAGUCUGAUGAGGAUAAUUGCGAGGGCUAUAUGUGUGGACCACCAAAAUACCCUUGUGCUAAUGAUACCUCCAUCUGCCUACAGCCUGAGAAGCUCUGCAAUGGGAGAAGAGAUUGUCCUGAUGGAUCUGAUGAAGGCGAUCUUUGUG